CUUUUCCGUCGUUCGCUCGCGCCGCGCUUCUCCGCUCGCAAUUUUUACGUAAAGUCGGCAAAUUCAAGUGAAAUUAAUUACAGAAACCCGCACCGCCGGUGUGUCCUAAUUUGAUUAGCCAGCUCCAGCGCGCCCCGGUCAGCGGUUCGAAACAGUGUUUAUGACUCACGCCAUCGGUCGUACGGUCGCGCGGUUCUUGAGCAACAACAGUAACACCGGGUUGAUUUCCCAAGUGGGCCACCUUGCCUCCUCCUCCUCCUCCUCCGGCUCAACCCGCGUUUCAAGGUCCGUGACCCCGUUAUCGUCACCGUUUGCAGUCAGUCGUACUGGCAGCGUUGCAGGAGUAGCGUCUUGGAGUAGCACCGGAACCUCUAGCAAAAUGGGCACCGAGCAAAAGCCAAAGAUUGUGUUUGUCCUGGGAGCUCCCGGGGCCGGCAAGGGCACCCAGUGCGAGAAGAUUGUCGAGCACUUUGGCUUUACGCACCUUUCCGCGGGGGAUUUGCUGCGCGAGGAGCGGAAGCGCGAGGGCUCCGAGUUUGGGGCGCUCAUCGAGGACAACAUCAAGAACGGACGGAUCGUUCCGGUGGAGAUCACCUGCUCGCUGCUGGAGAACGCCAUCAACGCGACCAAGGCGUCCACCGGCAACGACAAGUUCCUGAUCGACGGGUUCCCGCGCAACGAGGACAACCUGCAGGGCUGGAACCGCCAGAUGGGCGACAAGGUGCGCCUGCUGUUCGUGCUGUUCUUCGAGUGCACCGAGGAGCAGUGCAUCGCCCGGUGUCUGAAGCGUGGCGAGAGCAGCGGCCGCUCGGAUGACAACCCGGAGAGUCUGAAGAAGCGCUUCAACACGUACAUCAACGACACGAUGCCCAUCGUGGAUCACUACCGGGCGCAGGAUUUGGUCAAGACGAUCGACGCCGUGGCCGCACCGGACGAGGUGUUUGACAAGGUGCGGUGUGCGUUCGCGGACAUCGAGUAAGAGGAAGGUAAAUUAAGGGCGGCAUUUUCUCCAAAAAUAAGCAAGCAAGCAGAGCUGUCUAAUCACACACACCACAGUCUACAAUUCAAUUUCAAGUCAUUCCGUACAGUCAACAAACAACUCGAAUUGAGCAAUUGAAAACUACAAAGCAAAAACACACACACGUGGAAAGAGUAUUUUUGUUGCCGAAAGUUUAGCUUGCACUUUCUCAAAGCACCUUAACAGUAAACUGCAAAUCUUAACAAAACCUUAAUACAAAGAGCUAUUUAAAACGCAAAAUAAACCAACCAACUGCUGCAGUAAAGUAUUACACACAGAAACACGCAUGAUUUAGAAGGGGUUGGCGAAAUAAGCAAACACGUAACGUAACGGUAACGAGAAGGUGGUAACGGAAUAUUAAACAAAAAUAUAGUGAAUGUGUUAAAUGUAUAAGCAAGUCAAUAGAUGAAUAAAUAAAACCCAUUAUUGUGCAUUUUACCGUGCUGAGCGGAAA